AUGCCCAGCAAUCCGCCAACAAAAACGAAUUCGGGCAUCUCAACCUUUCAAUCAAUGAAGAAAGUAUGUACAAUCAACAACUUCACCGGCAUUGAAACCCGCUCUGCAAUCGGUACAGUCGACCAUCCCAUGGCCAACAUGAAUCGCGCUCCCACAAUUACCGAACUCUGCUCCAUAUUCCUGAAAGACGGUGUUGCUCUCGCCGUAACCGCAUGUCGCAAAGCUCUCCAUGAAGCUCAUCUCCAAACCUCCGACAUUACCCAUGUUGUGAGUACAACUUGUACCAAUAGUGCCAAUCCAGGGUACGACCAUUUCGUCUGCAAAGCCUUGGGAAUAACUCAACCGGUUGAAAAAGUUCUACUUCAUGGAAUUGGAUGUAGCGGUGGUCUUGCGAGUUUGAGAACUGCGGCGAAUUUGGCAUUGGGUCAUAGUUUUAGAGGGAAGAAAGCAAGGGUUUUAGUUAUGGCGUUGGAAAUUAGCUCGUUGCUAGUGAGGAGUGAGUUGGAUAGUGUGCAUGAGUUACAGGAGACGAGGAUUGGUGUUACGCUUUUCAGCGAUUGUGCGAGUGCGUGUGUACUCAGUAAUGGUAUUGGUGGAACGGGAGAGGAAGAGAGUGUUUAUGAUUUGUUGGGUUGGGAACAUAAGAUGAUUCCGGAUACGGAACAUGAUUUGGGAUUUGAUGUUGAUCCACUUGGCUGGAAAGUAAUCCUGUCCCCACGCGUUCCCAAACUCGCCGCCGAAGCCGUUUCCCCCAUCUACCAUUCCCUGAUCUCCAAUCUCCCGCACCUUCCUGAGUCAUACCGUACUCCCGCCGAUUUCGACUGGGCGCUUCAUCCAGGGGGUGCAACAAUCCUAACCGGCGUUGAAAAAGCUAUGAAUAUUUCACCAGAACACAUGAGAGCUUCAUACGAUACAUACAUGAAACAUGGAAACUCCUCCAGCGCGACAAUUUUCAGCGUAAUGGAUAGAUUACGAUGUAAAGAUAUGGAUGGCAUUACACCCGGAGGAAGAGGUCCCAAAGAAAUGGUCGUUGGAUGUGCUUUUGGACCUGGUAUCGCCGUUGAAAUGUGUCUCCUGAAGCGGAAUUUAAGUCAUGUGAAACGGGAGUGGGAUAGCGGGGUCCAAAGCAUCAUCGGUGGGGAAGUUACCCCGCCAUUGACAGAAAGUGAAGGGACUAGAAGCGUAAGUGAAGGAGAGAUAGAACCGGAAGACUUGGCGAAAGUAAAGGAGUCAGGGGAUAAAUUGGAUGCAAAAUUACAGAAAGUGGAACCCGCGGUUCUAGAACAAAAUGCGCAGCUGGAGUCGCUGGGUAAGGAAAAUACAAGGCCGGAUAGUUUGGAGGAGGCUCUUAAUGGUGUGCAGCUGGACUAA